UGGAUUUCUCGGGCGGUCGGGUUAUGUAAGUUCGAAGCACGUGAAGAAGUUGUGAAAGACUUCGCCUGCUCCCCUCCGCCCCUGUCUUCGAUCACCUCCCAGCUUGAACAAAAAGAACCACCGGCCACCCCCAUCUCAAAAAAAAAAAAAACCAAAAAACCAAAGAGAGAAAGCAAGAUGGCCAGUGGUACGACUGCCUCGAUCAGCUCGAUCAGAAAGAACCAGAACCACCACCAACACCACCACCCCCACCUCAUCCAGCUCAACAACAACAACAACAACAACAACAGACGCAAUGAGAGCACUACCACUCACUCUCGCCAAACCUCAUUCGAACUCAACAACCUAAUACAACCAAAGAACACUACCACCACAACAAUCGACAACAACAACAACAACAACAACAACAACAACAACAACUCAUUCGCCAUCAAAUCAAACCAACACAGCUCAGACUCAAACCACCAACAACAAUACAACCAUCACAGGCGCAACUCAUCCAUGACCUCCAACGGCUCAUCCAUCGCACCCCGAACAGCCUCAUCAACCUCUCUCGUCCAACUGUCCAACGCACCCACUCCAGACGGACUACCAUCAUCCACACUCAAGCCACUACCCGAGAACGGAGACUCGCAGGACUCGAGCCUCUCCCCACUGACGACGAUCGCCAACAAACUACCCUACCUGACCGAAUCCCAACAAGAACCGAUCAGGCGCACGCUCGAGCUCAUCAAUCUGAGCAGUACCAAGAGCCCAGAGCAGAAGGAGCCCAUCCAGCCCACCCCGCCACUCCUCCUAGCCCACUCCUGGACGCUCUUCUUCUCAGACACCUCCGUCUCCAAGUCCUCCUCCGUCCGAGGACACCAUCACUCCCACUCUCAAAGGGACCACACCUCCUUACUCAAGGCGGCCGAAUACCAAUCCGGGAUGUCCCAGGUGUUCACCGGGAUCGGCGAUGUCGAGAGUCUCUGUGCCUGUCUGGCCGGCUUCAAACAUACGAUUGCAGAGGGGAUCCGGAAAGGUAACCUCAUCGGCCCCCCUCCCUCAACCCCUCAUACCGCCGGAACUAGCUCCCCCGGAUUCCGUAGAAGCUUCGCCUCUACAGAACUCCCCGGAACUCCCGAUAAUACUCCCACAGGCCCUCUCGAAGAUACUCUCGUCGUCCCCGGUAACGGCUUGGGUCUCAUCGCUAUGAAACCCGGCCAUAAUCUUCACUUCUUUAGAGUCGGCGUUAAUCCGGUCUGGGAAGACCCAUGGAACGCUAAGGGCGGACGAUUGACGAUCCAGACCCCAUUAGCAGCCUUAGAUCCGACGUUUGAAUCGAUUGUGUUAUUGAUAGCCGGCGGGGUAUUAGAGACGGAUGCGAACCGAAAGCUGAGUGGGAACAGCGGCAGUGCAGGGCACGAUGAAUCCAAGCCGCUGAAACAGGGCGGCAGAGUGGUCGGGGUGGUCGGCUCACGGCGAAGGAAUGGAGACCGGAUCGAGAUCUGGCUCGCUGGCCCUCACAUCGGCGCGCCCCCCUCAGAGGAAUGGAUCCGCAAUAUUCAGAUCGUCCUCGCACUCGAAAUCGGCUCGCCCGAGAUUCGGUCCGCUAGGUAUAAGAAACAUCUCAUGUAAACAUCCCUCGAGGUCAUCUAAUCUUCGGCUUUUCUUUGUCUGCUUAUCCUUCCUUUUCCUUCAUGUGCUCCCAUUGGUUUUGAUUAUCUCUUUUUUUUUUGAGACUUACUCAAAUUUCUAUCUUUAUAUAUAUACUCAUAAAAAAAAACCAUCCAACCAUCAAAAAAAAAAGAAUCAAAUAUUCUACACACAUGCAGUCAUCCAAAAAAAAAAAGAUAAAUGUCAUCCAUUUUUGGUUUCGAAAAAAAAAAGAUUGUUUGUAUUUGUUUUGAUUCAAG